AUGGAAUUUAAAAAUUCUACGAAUAAUCAAGUUUAUGAUUAUGUGUUUAGAAAAAUCAUCCUGUCAUUAAAACGUGGGAUCUCAAUUGCUACGAGUCCAACCGAUUUUUUUUCGUUUAAUAGUAGGGAGUUAAUGCUUUCUUAUUUAAAAUCAACAUUAAAUUCAAUGUUUGACUCUGUCUCAGCUGCUGGGACAGACACUUAUGAAUUUAAUAUGUUGGAAAUUGGAUCCGGUUCCGGUGAACCAAUCGAUUGGUUUUUCGCCAAAGAAUUCUCACAUCGGAAAGAACUACAGAAAAUAGAUUAUAAGGUCAACAUAAUUGAACCAAACUCUCGGUUUAUUAAAUUAUAUAAAGAAAGAAUUAAUAAAUAUCAGCAUUUAAUUAAAUUGGGAAUGGCUUAUAAUGGAAAGGUUCAAGACUAUUACGAUGAAAAUUUGUCCGAUGAAGAAAGGUCUCAAUUACCUUCCCUCCCUAAAGACAGUUUGGAUUUCAUUGAUUGUAUGCACAUGAUUUACCAUUUGCAAAAUCUCGUUAAAUUUCUUUAUGGGUUAUUAAAACCAGGAGGAGCAAUUUUUAUGGUUUUUAUUGAUUCAUCUGAAUCAUUUCUAAAAAUUAAUUCCUCAUUUCAUAAAGAAGUUCUUAAAAAUACGGAAAUUUCUUCAAGAAUGUCUCAGACAGUGAAAGCACGUCAUGAACUUCUCUAUGAAAAACAAAUUCUUCCUACCUUACAAGAAAGCGAAGAUUCGAAUAGUUCCUCAUCAACGAGUCACAGGACUCGACCUAAAGUUGAAAGUUAUAAAAUGAAUACAACGUAUUUUGCUAAAACCUUGGCAGACAUGGCUGCAUUGGGAUCUGCUAGUGAAUUAUUAACAUGUAAUGAAGAACCAUUUGAUAUUAGAAUUUUGGAAUUCGUUUUAGAUAAACUUAAAAGUACUGCGUUACAAGAUAGCGAUGAUGCUGUUAAAGAAAUUAAUUUAUGCAGAAGCAAAAGGGAUGAAGAAGAUGUUUGGAUGGUUGAACAUCCUCAAAUUAUAUGUGUAAUUCAUAAAGAAGUCAUUUAA